AUUAAUAAUAUUUAUAAUACGUAUCAAAUCAAUAAGCUAACAACACUUAAUUAUUAUCAAAAAAUUAAUUCUUCAUCCGCAAACAACUAUACGAGAGAAGAAAAUAUGCUUAUUUAAGACGAAUGAGAGAAAGAAAAUAAGUGACAUGGCAUUUCUAAAAGUAUUAAGUUGUAGCCUAAUAUUCAUUGUCGCCGCGGCUUCUCUUAUUGAUGCACAAUUGCCCGUACAACGCAUUUUCUUAACGCCAACACAGUAUAAUAUUCACCUUGUAUUACAUAUCGAUGACGAUAUGUUCAUCGGCGAAUAUAAUGCCAGCAUUUAUAUUGCUCAUGAAACGCAAGAUAUAUAUUUUUAUACAGAAAAUUUGUCUAUAACUAAAACUACGCUAACAAACAAUACACAAAUUUCUAAAGGAAAUGAGAAAAAAGUUUUUGCCCAUAUACCGAAGAAAUAUAUUGAAGACAUUGAAAGAUAUAUUACCAUUACAUCUUAUCCGUAUAACUUAUCAUCAGGAUUUUAUAUGUUGAAUGUGAAAUUUUCUGGUCUUAUAGGUAAAGAUGGAGGAUUUAGAAUUUUCAAAAAUAAACAAAAUAAUAUAAUGUGGUUGGCUGGAACACAUCAUCACAUAUUUGCAAUUCGAAGAUUAUUUCCACUUUUGAAAAAUACUCGGUAUGCUAGUUAUAACAUUUCUAUAAAGCAUCCUAAAGGCUACACAGCUAUAUCAAAUAUGCCCGUCCAAAAACAAAAUAUGGAUGAAAAUAAUAUGCAAUGGACGCGCUUCAAAACUACUCCCAUAAUGCCUGAUUAUUACAUAACAGCUAUUGUAGCUCAUCUCACCGUUAUUUCAGAAAGUAGUACCAUCAAAUUUUGGUGCAGAACAGACAUAAUACGACAUGUGCAAUUUGCAUACAUAAUUGCUAAAAAUAUUGCGGAGUUGAUAGAUAACUUGUUGGCAUAUGGUUUGGAUAUCAGGAAAAGAGCGGAAACAAAUCAUAUCGUGAUUCAAAAAUUAUUAGGCGAAGAACAUAUAAAAUUCAGAUUCGUUCUUUAUGGUGAAGGAGAUAUUAUCUAUAACGAAAAAAUAGAUUCUGAGAUACGCAAAAUUGAAAUAACUCGAGUAAUAGCAUAUAAAGUGGUGUACGAAUGGUUUUAUAAUGGAAUGGAUGCAUCUAAGUGGAAACCAUGGGAAAGCAAAGGUUUUGCUACGUUUCUUGGAAUUUACAUCGCCGAUAAGUUAUUUCCGAUUUUUCGAAUAAAAUAUUUCUCUGUGGUUCAAAUGCAACAUGAAGUUCUUCAUUGGAGCACCAAGAAUACGUGGCCGCUCACAAACGAAUCAGAAUUCAAUUCUAUUGAAAUUCCUCGUUACAUCAAAGCAAGUAUUAUGUUCCGCACGUUGCAAAUUUUAUUUACCGAAGAGAUGUUUAGAACUGGUAUAUGGUGGUAUUUACGAGAUCACUACUCAAAGACUAAAGAUUUUUGGGAUAUUAUACAAAUACUCAUGGAUACGCCAUCUUUCGAAAUUAAAUACAAUGUAACGGAUAGAAUAGCUAGUUGGACACAACUAAAUCAUUACCCUGUGAUUAAUGUGAAAAGAAAUUAUAAUAAUAACAGCUUGAAUAUAUCGGUAGAAAAUUUUGAUACGGAUAUAUGGAUAUUUGUGAAUAUUACUACACAGGCGCAUUACGAUUCGAAGAAAUUGUUGCCUGAAGUGUGGCUAGCACCUCAUAUUUCGUACCAUACAUUAAAUAUAGAUUUCGUGGACAAGAAGGACUGGGUAUUAGCCAAUUUACAACAAAGUGGAUGCUAUCGCGUGAAUUAUGAUGCCGAAAAUUGGAAUAGACUUUCGAACUACCUGAAGUCCUCUUUUGAAAAAAUACAUGUACUCGAUCGUGCUAAAAUCAUCGACGAUGCAUUUCACUUUAUGAUGACAGGCCAAUUGAAUUGUAAUGUAUUCCUGAAUAUUUCACACUAUCUAUCGCAAGAUAUAGAUUAUAUCGCAUGGUAUCCUAUGUUCAAGAACUUGGAAUAUAUAUCGGGUUUCUUUGCAUUUCCAGAAAGCUUAUUUAUAAAGGCGGAAAUAAUGCAAUUCGUGAAAGAGAUUUUAUGGAAAUUAGAAUAUCCCAUUUUUUAUCGAGAUGAGAUCAAUUAUGGCAGCAUUUUCACUAAAUGUUUGAGACAAGAUGCUGCAAAAUUGUUAUGCCUCAUGAAUUAUGAUUCUUGUUUGUCGAUUUCUAGUAAUGAUUUGAAGUCGUAUCUCUCCCAUCGUAACACAUUAUCAUCAUAUAAAAUUUGGACGGGAUGGAAAGAAUGGACAUUCUGCAAUGGUUUAAAAACAGCCAAUAACGAUAUUUGGAUGCAAGUGUUUGAUAUAUAUUUGAAGGAAUCAGAUUCUAGUGUUUUAAAAUUUUUAUCCUGUUCUCAAAAGCCUUCAUUCAUUCUCCAGUAUAUACAUUUAAUGACUAAUAUGACAAAUGUAACAGCUAUCGAUCGUAUAAACAGUUUUUGUACUAUUAUUGCGAGGCAUGCAAGGACUACAUUACUCCAAUUCAUUUUAAACCAUUUAGAGGAAAUAAAACCUAAAGAAAUCAGUUCUACUAAAGCAUUAAUUAUGAUCAUUAAUCAUGUAUAUUCUGAACAACAAAUUAAUAAGAUAAAGAAAUACAUAAAUUUUAAUUUUAAGGGUAAUUCAGAAUUUACAAUUAGCUAUGAAUUUUAUAAUGAUCAAAGCAAUGACACGGUAGGUGAAUACGUCCUCUUUGAUGAUAAUACGGAGAGUAUAAUAAUGGAUAUAAACCGCAAGAUAGAACUACGUUGGCAUCAAAUAAGAACUCAGCUGCACGAAUAUCGAUAUCUUAUAGGAGAGUACGAUGAUACUUCUAAAGCUUCUCAGUGAUAUUUCUAGCUAAUUAAUUGAUCAAUUAAAAGACGGUAACUAAAUGUAAUGCAUGCACAUAUUUACUUUAAUAUAUGAAUAGUGUUUAUGUUUUUAUUUAUUAAUUUUGAUUAAAAAUAUAAAAUCACGAAUAAAACGAGUGACACGAUACAAUAAUGACAAUAAAGCGAUUGAGUCAUAAUGGAAUAAAAAUUAAUGAGUUUUAUUGAAGCAGGUAGUAAACAU